AUGCCACUAGGAAACCUUUGUCUUGUGACCCCCGGUGCGAACGGCGCACUUCGGUCUCGCGCAGCGGUAUAUGUGGAAUUUGAUGAUCUUGAAUGGGAUAAACGAGAGUGGGUUAAAGUUUAUGAAGAUUUUUCAACUUUCUUGGUGGAAUACCACUUAAUUUGGGCCAAAAGGAAUGACCCUAGCCAGACUCAGGGAUCAAAGAGCAGACAAAUUCAGUGGCCUGCAUUGACUUUCAAACCUCUGGUUGAAAAAAGUAUACCCAGUUCAAUCACAGCAGUAGAAUUCCUUAUAGAUAAACAACUGGAUUUUUUAACUGAAGAUAGUGCCUUUCAGCCCUACCAGGACGACAUAGACAGCCUAAACCCAGUUCUCAGGGACAACCCACAGCUUCACGAGGAAGUGAAAGCCUGGGUAAAGGAACAAAAGGUUCAGGAGAUUUUUAUGCAAGGUCCUUAUUCUUUAAAUGGAUACAGAGUGAGGGUAUAUAGACAAGACUCUGCCACCCAGUGGUUUACUGGCAUAAUUACUCAUCAUGAUCUCUUCACCCGAACCAUGAUCGUUAUGAAUGAUCAGGUACUCGAACCACAGAAUGUCGAUCCUUCUAUGGUUCAAAUGACCUUUCUAGACGAUGUUGUUCACUCCUUGUUAAAAGGUGAAAAUAUUGGCAUUACAUCACGACGAAGGUCUCGUGCCAAUCAAAGUAUCAACGCUGUUCACGGUCAUUACACACGUGCCCAAGCAAAUAGUCCCAGACCAGCAAUGAAUUCUCAAGCUGCUGUACCAAAACAGAAUACACACCAGCAACAGCAACAAAGAAAUAUUCGUCCAAAUAAGAGAAAGGGCUCAGAUAGCAGUAUCCCAGAUGAGGAAAAGAUGAAAGAAGAAAAAUACGAUUUUAUAUCACGAGGAGAAAAUCCUAAAGGUAAAAACAAACACUUGAUGAAUAAAAGAAGGAAACCUGAGGAGGAUGAAAAGAAACUGAAUAUGAAAAGACCACGGACUGACAAUGUUUCAGACUUUUCUGAGAACAGUGACUCAGAAAAUUCAAAUAAAAGAAUAACUGACAAUUCCUCAGAGCAAAAGCCAGAACAUGAUUUGAAAAAUAAAAACUCUUCAAAGAUCAAUGGAGAAGAAGGAAAAUUGCAGGAUAGUGAGAAAGCAGAAGAGACCCUAAUGGAUAUCCAGCCUCCUUGGGCUCAAAUUCAGGAAGAUAAACUUGAAGAAGCAGAGAAGCGAAAGUCUGUUGAUACUCAGCUUCAAGAAAAAAUGAUUAUGCAUUCAUCAGAACAGUCUACACUUGAAGAUCAUAAUGCUAGUGAUGUACUUCUUCAGGAAUGCAGUAUGGGAAACACACACACUGUGGAGUUACUACCAAAGGAGAAGUUCACACCGAGGCCACCAACACCAACAUGUGCUAUCGAUAUUACAGAUGACACUAACUCAGAAAAGGUGGCUCAGGAAAACUCAAGUACCUUCAGCCUCCAGACAGUUGAGAAAGUGGAUCCUAAUAUUAGCGAUCCAAAACAUUCAAUUGCAAAUGCAAAAUGCUUAGAAACAGCAAAACAGGAUUCUGACCAGAGCUGGGUUAGUGAUGUAGUUAAAGUGGAUUUAACCCAGUCUGGUGUUAUAAAUGCUUCAGGAAAUGAUCACCUGGACAUGGAGAAAGAGAAAAACCAUUAUGUAUCUUACAUGUCUUCUUUAAAUGCAGUUCCUGUCCCAGAAGAUAAGCUUCAUAAGCGGAGUCCACCCCCAGAGACUACAAAAUCUAAACUAAACACUUCAGUAGAUGCUCACAAGACUAAAUGCAUUUCUUCUCCUGAAGUUGUUAAACCCAAAAUUACCCAUUCUCCUGAUUCUGUAAAGUCUAAGACCACAUAUGUGAACAGCCAAGCCACUGGUGAAAGAAGACUGGCACAUAAAAUGGAGCAUGACUUGUCACGAUGCAGUUUCCAUCCAGUUUCUGCUAGAGGCAGCACACUGGAAACAACAAAGAGCCCUCUUAUUAUUGAUAAAAACGAGCAUUUCACAGUAUAUAGAGAUCCUGCUCUUGUUGGAUCAGAAACAGGAGCUAAUCACAUUUCACCUUUCUUAAGCCAUCAUCCUUUCCCUCUUCAUUCGUCCUCCCAUAGAACCUGUUUGAAUCCGGGUACCCAUCACCCUGCCUUAACUCCUGCACCCCACUUACUGGCCGGAUCAUCCAGUCAAACUCCAUUACCUACCAUUAACACUCAUCCUCUUACUAGUGGUCCACACCACUCUGUUCAUCACCCUCACUUACUUCCCACUGUGUUACCAGGAGUGCCUACUGCCUCCUUACUUGGUGGCCACCCACGCCUAGAGAGUGCUCAUGCCAGUAGCUUGAGCCACUUAGCCCUAGCACACCAGCAGCAGCAACAGUUGUUACAGCAUCAGUCACCUCAUCUUCUUGGACAAGCCCAUCCUUCUGCUUCAUAUAAUCAGCUUGGACUUUAUCCAAUUAUUUGGCAAUACCCAAAUGGAACUCACACAUACUCAGGACUCGGUCUGCCUUCCUCUAAGUGGGUUCAUCCAGAAAAUGCAGUUAAUGCUGAAGCUUCAUUAAGGAGAAAUUCUCCUAAUCCUUGGUUACAUCAACCCACCCCUGUGACUUCAGCAGACGGCAUUGGGUUACUCAGUCACAUUCCUGUCAGACCCUCUAGUGCAGAGCCACAUCGGCCUCUUAAAAUGACAGCACAUUCCAGUCCACCGUUGACAAAGACUUUAGCAGAUCACCAUAAAGAAGAAUUGGAAAGGAAAGCUUUUAUGGAACCUUUACGGUCUGUCGCAUCGACAUCAGCAAAACAUGACCUGGAUCUAAAUAGGUCACAGACUGGAAAAGACUGUCACCUGCAUAGGCACUUUGUGGAUCCAGGAUUAGGUCAGUUGCAGAGACCACCCCAGGAGACUGGAGAGAGAUUGAACAAAUACAAAGAGGAACACCGUCGAGUUCUUCAAGAAAGUAUUGAUGUUGCUCCCUUUACAACUAAAAUCAAGGGACUUGAGAGUGAAAGAGAUAAUUAUUCCAGAGUGGCAUCAUCAUCUUCUAGCCCUAAAAGCCAUGUUACCAAACAAGAUAAAGAUGUGGAACGCUCAGUAUCAGAGCUUUAUAAAAUGAAGCAUGUAGUGCCUCCAAGUUUGCCCCAAAGUAAUUAUUUCACUACAUUGUCCAAUAGUGUAGUCAAUGAGCCACCAAGGUCGUACCCAUCCAAAGAGGUUUCAAGUAUUUAUACUGAAAAGCAGAGUAACUCCCUUGCAGCAGCAGCUAAUCCUCAAACUCUGACUUCAUUUAUGUCAUCUCUUUCAAAACCUCCACCUCUGAUAAAACAUCAGCCAGAAAAUGAAGGUUUAGUAGGCAAGACACUAGAACAUCUUCCCCAUCAGAUUGCAUCUCACUCGGUAACAACAUUCAGAAGUGACUGUAGGAGCCCUACCCAUUUGACAGUCUCUUCUACAAACACACUCCGCAGCAUGCCUGCUUUACACAGAGCACCAGUGUUUCACCCGCCAGUCCACCACAGUGUAGAAAGAAAGGAAAGCAGCUAUGGAAGCCUUUCCCCUCCGACUUUAACUCCAGCAAUACCAGUGAAUGCUUCUGGAAAGGUGCAAGAGUCACAGAAGCCUCCCACUCUAGUUCCUGAGCCUAAAGACGCUCAGUCACAUUUGAAGAGUUCUUCUGAGCACAGUUUGACAGAAAUGUGGAGGUCUACUAAUCACCUCAGCAAGGAGAAAGUGGAAUGGCAUGUGGAGAAAAGCAGUGGAAAGUCACAGGCAGCUGUGGCAUCUGUCAUUGUGCGUCCACCUUCUAGCACAAAAAUUGAUAGCAUGACAGCAAUGCAGUUAGCUUCCAGAGAUCGAGUUAGUGAAAGAUCUUCAGCUGGGACGCAUAAAACAGAUUGCCACAAACCAGCAGAAGCUGGAGAGCCUGCAAGAAUCAUUCUACCAAAUGUGAAUUCAGAAAGUGCUCACAUGAAAUCUGAAAAAAACUUAGAGACUGUCUCCCUGGGCAGUGUUCCCACUUCAGUCAUGUCUGCUGUAAAUACACUAUGUAAUACCAAAACAGAUGUCUACACAUCUGCUGUUACUACCACUGGUGUUUCCAGCUGGGGUGGCUCAGAAGUAAUUUACUCUUUAUCAAAUACCAUUUUGGCCUCUACUUCCUUAGAAUGUAUCUCAUCAAAAAAUGCUAGUCAGUCAGUAGCUCCAACACAAGAAUGCAAGGUCAGCACCAUGGUUCCAGUUACUGUGGCUAGUAGUAAGACAGGAAGUGCUGUUUUUCAGUCUAGCUCAGGCUUCCCAGGCACAACUGAUUUUAUCCAUUUAAAAAAGCACAAGGCAGCAUUGGCUGCAGCUCAGUAUAAAAGUAGUAAUGUCAAUGAGACUGAAUUUAAUGCUGGGAAAAAUCAGACAGUAUCAGCCUCCCUUCCUUUGGAUAAUACUGUAGUCUGUAGUACAAUUAACAAAACAAACUCUGUAGGAAAUGGGCAAGUAUCCCAGACAAGUCAACCAAACUACCAUACUAAACUGAAAAAGGCCUGGCUUACUAGACACUCAGAAGAAGAUAAAAAUACUAAUAAAAUUGAAAAUUCUGGCAGUGCUGUAUCAGAAAUUAUUAAGCCGUGUUCCGUUAACUUAAUAGCCUCUACAUCCAAUGAUAUACAAAAUAAUGUAGACAGUAAAGUCAUCAUUGAUAAAUAUGUAAGAGAUGAUAAAGUCAAUAGGAGAAAAGCCAAAAGAACUUACGAGUCCGGCUCUGACAGUGGAGACUCAGAUGAAAGUGAAAGCAAGUCAGAGCAGAGGACUAAGAGACAGCCUAAGCCAACUUACAAAAAGAAGCAAAAUGACUUACAGAAAAGAAAAGGUGAAGCAGAGGAAGAUGUAAAACCCAAUGGAGUUCUCAGCAGGAGUGCCAAAGAAAAAAGUAAACUAAAGUUACAGAGCAACAGUAAUAGUGCUGGCAUCCCUCGUUCAGUAUUAAAAGACUGGCGAAAAGUCAAGAAGCUGAAGCAAACUGGGGAAUCCUUCUUACAGGAUGACUCCUGCUGUGAGAUAGGGCCUAAUUUACAGAAGUGCCGAGAAUGUAGACUUAUUCGCAGUAAAAAGGGAGAAGAACCAAGUCACUCACCGGUGUUUUGUAGAUUUUACUACUUUAGACGAUUGUCAUUUAGUAAAAAUGGAGUGGUUAGAAUAGAUGGUUUCUCUUCUCCUGACCAAUAUGAUGAUGAAGCUAUGAGUUUGUGGACACAUGAAAGUUAUGAAGAGGAUGAAUUAGACAUAGAAACUUCUAAAUAUAUCUUGGAAAUAAUAGGUGAUAAGUUCUGUCAGUUAGUAACAUCUGAGAAAACAGCUUUGUCCUGGGUGAAAAAGGAUGCCAAAAUUGCGUGGAAAAGAGCUGUGAGAGGAGUUCGGGAGAUGUGUGAUGCCUGUGAGGCAACAUUAUUUAACAUUCACUGGGUAUGCCAGAAGUGUGGGUUUGUGGUCUGCUUGGACUGUUACAAGGCCAAGGAGAGGAAGAGUUCUAGAGAUAAAGAAUUGUAUGCUUGGAUGAAGUGUGUGAAAGGACAACCUCAUGAUCACAAACAUUUAAUGCCAACUCAAAUUAUACCUGGUUCUGUGUUGACAGAUCUUCUAGAUGCCAUGCACAUUCUUAGGGAAAAAUAUGGUAUGGAAUCCCAUUGUCAUUGUACUAACAAACAGAACUUACAAGUUGGAAAUUUUUCUACAAUGAAUGGUGUAUCUCAAGUUUUACAGAAUGUUCUUAAUCACAGUAAUAAAAUUUCUCUGUGCAUGCCUGAGUCUCAGCAGCAGAAUUCCCCUCAGAAGUCUGAAAGUAAUGGCAACAGCAGUCCAGGGAGUGAUGUAAGCACAGAUAGCAAGGUAACUCCUCCAGAAUCCCAGUCACCACUGCACUGGUUAGCAGAUCUUGCAGAGCAGAAAGCCAGAGAGGAAAAAAAAGAAAAUAAAGAGUUUGCCCUUGAAAAACAACUUAAAGAAGAGAGAGAGCAAGAUGACUCUGAUUUUACAAAUGAUGGAACAUCAUCUCCUGCAUCCCAGAAUAACGAACAAGGUUCAACUUUACGGGAUUUACUGACUACAACAGCUGGCAAGCUACGUGUGGGCUCAACAGAUGCUGGCAUUGCCUUUGCACCAGUGUAUUCAAUGGGGGCCCCGAGUGGCAAAAGUGGACGAACUAUGCCUAACAUUCUUGAUGAUAUAAUUGCUUCAGUUGUUGAAAACAAAAUUCCACCAAAUAAAACCUCCAAGAUGAGUGUCAAAUCAGAGCUCAAAGAAGACCCUAGAGAAAGAAAAUCUGCUGUGAAUGACAGUAAUAAGUUGUACGGUGAUAUACCACAUUCUUGGGUCUGUGAGAAGCAUAUUCUGUGGCUUAAGGAUUAUAAAAAUAGUAAUAAUUGGAAACUUUUCAAAGAGUGCUGGAAACAGGGACAGCCUGCUGUUGUUUCCGGUGUGCAUAAGAAAAUGAACAUCAGCUUGUGGAAGGCUGAGUCAAUUAGUCUUGAUUUUGGGGACCACCAAGCUGAUCUCCUGAACUGCAGAGACAGCGUCAUUUCAAAUGCUAAUGUUAAGGAAUUCUGGGAUGGUUUCGAAGAGGUGUCAAAACGGCAAAAAAACAAAAGUGGGGAAACAGUUGUUCUAAAAUUGAAGGAUUGCCCUUCAGGAGAAGACUUUAAGACUAUGAUGCCAGCAAGAUAUGAAGAUCUCUUAAAAAAUCUGCCAUUGCCGGAGUAUUGUAAUCCAGAAGGAAAAUUCAAUUUGGCCUCUCACCUGCCGGGGUUUUUUGUACGUCCUGAUCUAGGACCUAGGUUGUGUAGUGCCUAUGGUGUAGCUGCUGCUAAAGAUCAUGACAUAGGAACAACAAAUCUCCAUAUUGAAGUUUCUGAUGUUGUAAAUAUUCUAGUCUAUGUUGGCAUAGCAAAAGGAAAUGGAAUUCUCUCAAAAGCAGGAAUACUUAAAAAAUUUGAGGAAGAAGAUUUGGAUGACAUUUUAAGGAAGAGAUUGAAGGACUCAAGUGAAAUACCUGGUGCUCUGUGGCAUAUUUAUGCUGGAAAAGAUGUAGAUAAAAUACGAGAAUUUCUUCAGAAGAUUUCAAAAGAACAAGGCCUUGAAGUUCUGCCAGAACAUGAUCCGAUACGUGACCAAAGCUGGUAUGUCAACAGAAAGCUGCGCCAGCGGCUGCUGGAAGAGUAUGGGGUCAGGACCUGCACCCUUGUUCAGUUCCUCGGGGAUGCCGUCAUUUUGCCAGCGGGAGCACUUCAUCAGGUACAGAAUUUUCACAGCUGUAUUCAGGUAACUGAAGACUUUGUGUCUCCAGAACAUCUUGUACAGUCAUUUCAUUUAACACAGGAACUGAGACUUUUGAAGGAAGAAAUCAAUUAUGAUGAUAAACUACAGAUUAAAAAUAUCUUGUAUCAUGCAGUCAAAGAAAUGGUGAGAGCUUUGAAGGUACAUGAAGAUGAAAUAGAGGACACAGAAGAAGAUUAACUGUGGUCCACUUGACGUCUGCAGGCUAUAGGACUGGGAGCACCUUCCCACGCAUGAAUGAGGAUGUGUGCACACAGCGACUGAAGCUUCAGAACCAUCAGUGCCAAGAAAUUCUCUUUGUAGUAAUUACUUGUUACUGACACCACAGCAGUAUAGCAUAUGUCACAGCUCAUGUGAUUCAUUGUUAGUUAUAAAACAAGCUAAAUUCAAAAGCAGCACUACAUAGCUGUUUCUGUAUUAUAGUGUAUAUGAUGUUUGUGAAAAUGUCAGAUUUAAAAUGAUGUAUUUAUUUUUGGUAAAAACAGAAAACAAAAUUCUAUGCUAUAUUGUUGAUUGAGUGUAAAUGUGCCCUUGUACAGUUUAAUAAAAUAACUGAUAUUUUUCACUACAUUGAGACAGUUACUGUGAGAAUAGGACACAAACACCAGCUAUUGCCUGCAUUUGGGAAAUUGCUGAAUCGCACAGCAGUCAUGUCAUAAUCAGAAAAUUACUGCCAAAUAAUUGUAAAAUUUGUAAAAUACAAAGUAUAUUAAGUAGAUACUAAAUACAGACUCUUCAAUAUUUUGUUGAAGCUGUUGACUGUACAAUUAAACAUUUUCAAAAGGUGUAAUUUAUUUAAAAUUGUCUCAUUUUGGUAAAAUUUAUGUGAAGUUUUAAAGCUAAAUAUUAAACUUAAUAUGCUAUGUAAAUAUAUACAUAUAUACAUUUAAUGAUGUAUUUUUUUAAACAUCGGCCUGCUUUUGGUAAAGUGCAAGUGUUACAUAUGGCUUUGUACAUUAAAGUUAAAAGGGGUUUUACAUUUUCCAUUAAAAAGACUUUAUCAGAAA